UUCCCCCUUCUCGCAUGCGAGUUUCUUCCUCUUCUUGUGGAAAUGGCGUCUACGAAGGUUCUUGGCAGAUUAUCGUCGCGGAUGCAGCCUCUAAGCAAUAAGCUUAACAAGAAGAAUGCUAAUGCGACGGUUUCUUCAUUACUCUCUCCCAUCAAAUCGGCGUCUCCGGCCGCAAUUACCCGUCUCAAUCGAUCUUCCAGAUUACCAUUGGAGUUGAGUAGCUGCGGGACGAUGUUUCCAUUACACAGUGCUAUUGCAUCGGCAAGGCUGAUAUCUAGUUUAUCCAUUGAAUCCAUGAGCUGGGGAUUAGUUCCCCAAGGUAUUUCAAUGCCUUUAUGACAACUUCCCAUCUUCUUACAACAAGAUUCCAGGAGGAUAGACAUGAACGAGGGGUCCAUGUGUCGAUCUUUUCAUCUCUUAUGGAGUCCAAAGUUUCCGAAUUUGAACUCUCUGCUUAAACCUUGCAGUUCUGAGUUUCGUUUUCUCUGAUAAUAUGAUCCCCCAGUUUGCGAUUUUUCAUGUUUGGCAUUCAACUACUUUGUUCUUAUGGUUCAUUCAUUCACAUCAUAACAAAUGCAGACGCAAACCCUUGUAUCAGAAGAACCUAUCUUUUAUUGUCUUCACACUUUUGUCAUUA